AGGUACUCAACCCCACCACCCAAAAAUGGCCCAAACACCACCCACCACUACCAACGCCGCCGUAGGAGGCGGCUCACCGAAACGGCUAUCCUUCAUCUUAUUAGAGUCCGUAACUACUGUAUGGGCUGUGUGCACCAAGCAAGCCACUCGAGCCAGAAAAAAACUCACUGCCACUAAUUCAAAAAUAUCGACGAGGUCGACGUUGACUAUGCCGAAGCAACUCUUGGCGACGAUAAGCAACAAGGCGAUAAAUUUCCGUCACAAGAAGAGAUUCAACGAGGAAUGCGACCCCAACGAAGGGUUCGGAGAAGGAGGGUUGUGGCAGAGGAAUAUCUUAAUGGGCGAUAAAUGUCAGCCGUUGGAUUUCUCCGGCGUGAUUUACUACGAUAGCGAGGGAAAGAGACUGAACGACCUUCCGAUGAGGUCUCCGCGUGCGAGUCCGUUGCCGAGCUAUAUGUACUCGUCGGCGAAGAGAGAGUACAAUUGAACUUGGAAGAGCAGUGGUGUUAUUGAUUAAGGUCCUCCGAAUUUCAAAUUUCAUCAAUUUUAAUCUGAACAGUUAAGUUUCAGGAUUGGAUGAAUAGGUUUUAUUGGGUUUUACAGGCAGAAAAUGGUUCCUAAUUGUGAAUGAAAUUCAUGAAUUGGUAAGAUCCGAAUAAGUGAUGAUGUUAUAUGGGGGUGUGAAUUUUAUUUUUCUUUUUUGUUUUGUUUCGUGUAAGUGAUCAUCGCUGGAUGAGGUAGUGAUUUUGUAACAAAAUGAGUUCAGCCCUCUACAUGUGUCAAGGUUUUGUGAUUUAGAAAAUUCCUGGUAUGUUUGUAGUGAGAUUAUGUAUGCAUAUCCUAUCCUCUUUUCUUGAUCACUUUCUUCUUUGUCAUCGUCUUUCUGGACUCCUCCAACGUGUUGUUUGACUUGUUUCCUC